CGCCCGGGGCUCGGACGUUCCAGACCUCCACCGAUGGAGAAAAGACCGCUCUGCCGGCAGCUAGAAACUUCCCUCCUAGGGCUCCCCCGGAAUUUGCUAAACCUCCUUCCCAAAGACCCGAUCCAUCCCAUCUUUCGAUUUAGCCCCGCCAGUUUUAUAACCCCUCGUGCGCUCACUCCGUUACCUAGAGUUCUGCUCACGUGACAGCUUUUCCCUUUACCCCCUCCUCCCUCCGCCCUCAGGUUGCGACUCGGAGCCUGGGCCUUGCAGGUGUCUGACUUUCCCAUCAAGCUGAAUAAAGUUUCUUUAUUCAAAACAAAGCGUAAAGGAGGAGGCGGAGUUUGAUGGCACGGUUGUGAUGACGUAUUUCCUAGUCAUUCCUUCUAGCCUCCCUAGUGUUUACAUUACUUCCUGUGGCUAUGGAAGAAGAGGAAGGAGCCGAGGCCGGUCCUCUCGCAGUUGUGAUGGACGUGCUUCCUCCUCGGAUGACACCCAAAGAAGAAGGAUCUUUACCAUAUCUUAGAAUUAAAGACCAAACACCAACGAUCCUAACUAAGGCUAUCGAUGCAUUGCAUCGACAUAAAAGUGAGUUCUUUGAGAAGCAUGGAGAGGUAGGCACUGAAGCAGAAAAGAAAGCUAUCUCUCUUCUUUCUAAAUUACGAAAUGAACUACAAACUGAUAAGCCAUUUCUGCCUUUGACUGAUAACUGUCUUGAUGCUGAUAUAUGGAAUAAAUAUCUGGAAUAUCACCAUACUCUUUUAAAUGAAAAUAAUAAAAAAAUAAGCUGGUUUCAGUCUCCUUGGUUGUAUGUAGAGUGUUAUAUGUAUCGUAGAAUUCAUGAAGCAUUAGUGCUAAGUUCACCAAUAAGUUACUUUGAUGUAUUUAAAGAAUCAAAAGAACGGAAUUUCUUUGAAUCACAGGAAGCUAUUAAGACUUUAUGCAGCUACCUACAAGACUUAAAAAAAAGGAUUGAAAAUCUAGAUGAAAAGCAACUGAAAGAUGAGUUUUUAAAACUCUUUCAGAUUGUAUUAUGGGGAAAUAAGUGUGAUCUGGCACUUUCACCUAAUCAGAGCAUCCCUCAGACAUCUAGUCCACUAGCUGUUUUGGAAGACCUGAAACCUUACAUUUUAGUGAAUAAUUUGGACUACCUUUGGUCACUACUUAUAAGUAGAAAGAAAAUGCGUCAGGAGACAUUUUCUAUUACUAGAGUGGAUUUUAUCAUGGAUAAUGCAGGAUUUGAACUUGUUACAGAUUUGGUAAUGGCAGAUUUCCUGUUAGCAUCUAAGCUGGCUACUGAGAUUCACUUUCAUGGAAAAAGUAUUCCCUGGUUUGUUUCAGAUACUAAUAAAAAUGACAUAUAUUGGUUGAUUGAACAGUUAAAAGCUGCUAAUACCAAGUGCAUGUCUGAGUGUGGGAUUAAUUGGGAAUAUUAUCUUAAACAUUCAUGGAUUUACCAAGAUCAUAUGUUUUGGACUCUGCCUCAUGAAUAUUGUACUAUGUCUCAGGUUGCUACUGAUUUGUAUGCUGAACUAGAGAAGUCAAAUUUAAUUCUUUUCAAAGGCGAUUUAAACUAUAGGAAGUUAGUAGGAGACAGAAAAUGGGACUUUACAGUUCCAUUUCAUCAGGCUUUGAAUGGCUUCCACCCUGCACCUCUCUGCAGCAUAAGAACACUAAAAACUGAAGUUCAAGUUGGUCUGGCACCUGGGCAAGGGGAAGAGAUUACAGAUACUGAUCCUCAGUGGAUGACCACUGGAAAAUACGGUAUUUUUCAAUUUGAUGGGGCACUUUAAUUUGGCUAAAGGGCUUCUAAAAACUUCUAAAAAAAAAAAAAAAAAAAAAAAAAGAGAAGCUUUAGCAUGCACAUUUCCUCCCUUAAAAGUAAUUCUUAAAAUUUAAUUAUUUUAAGGGUUUUGAGUUACCUUUUUAAAGCUUACUCUUUCAGUAUCAAUUGUCCUUAUAGAAGCUUUAGCAUGCACAUUUCCUCCCUUAAAAGUAAUUCUGAAAAUUUAAUUAUUUUAAGGGUUUUGAGUUACCUUUUUAAAGCUUACUCUUUCAGUAUCAAUUGUCCUUAUAUUGUACUGAGCUGCUUUGGGAAUCUUACAGACAUUUCAUUAUUAUUUAUUGAAGUUUUGUGUCUUAUCAUCCCAUCAUUACAAGUGGAUCAAAGAAGUUACUGAGAUAAAUGUAAAAAAAUGUAUUUAUAAUUAGUUAUACUUAUGUUUCUGUUUAAUUUUUGUCAUUUAAAAUUAUAGUAAGGUAUAUAAUAUAAUAUUUUGGGAAAUAUUAAAAUUAUUCUAACUUAAUUUUAUACUGCCGCAACACAAAUCUUAUGGUGGCAUAAAUUCUAAUAUAUCUACACUUUGGACGAAUUUCUCAAAACUGUGAUGUUUGAACCAGAGGGAAGUAGAAAAUUAACUUGAUGUUGUUAAUAAUUCAGAAGAAUUGCCUUUUGUAUUUGAAUUUCUUAAUGAUAGUAGUUGAAUAAAUGCAUUCUAUAUAUACAUUUACUUUUUUGAAUGGUUUGUUAAAUUACAAAAAAUAAACAAAAAAAGUCAGAUUGCAAGCACAUAUAUUAUUGAAGAAUAUGAUAUCUUUUUCAUACUUAUGAAUUAUGUCCAUAGAAAGAAAAAGAUAUUUUGAUCAAAUUGUCUUUAGAAAUGAACUAAUUAUUUUUCUGAAAUUUUAUGUACUACCUGCUUGAGAGAAUUUAGGUUACAAUAGACUACUAACUAAAGAAAGCAUUUCUCCUUAUAAUUUUAAUUUGGAAGGUAUCUUUCCACCAUGGAUCGGCUUUGAACCUGAGUUGUUUAGAAAGCAUAAGUACUUUGCCAUCUUGAUUUAGAAAAAAACCUAAUUGCAUUUAUUUUCUGGAUUUUCGCUAAUAAAGUAAAUUAAUAUUCCAUUUGGUUUUGUUUUCCCUCUGAGUUAAAAAUAGACAAAAGACCAGUCAGUACAAUUAACUAUAAUGCAUUGAUAACAUAAAAGCAGACCUUAAAAGAAGCAGUUUACAUAUGGAAUUGUUUUAGUUUCCUUUCUUCCUACUUAGGUGGAAAAAAAGGUUGGUAAUGACAAGAUAUAUGUAAAAUAAUAGCAUAUAUUUGUGUAUGAUUUUUAAAGAUGUUAUUCUGCAUAUAGAAAGUUGAACUAUAAAAGCAAAUAUGAGGUUAUUUACAACAUAGUGAGAUAAAAGCAUUUGUAUGGACUGCUCAAGCAUAAUGCAGGCUCUUAUGCAGAUACUACUUUUUGAUAGAGAAUAAACAAAACAGUAGGUAUUAGCAUUUCUGUUAAAUAAAUACAACAAUUAUUUAUGAACUUGAAACUAUGAAGU